GACGCUAAACAAGGUGUCAACAAUAGGUGUAAAUGGGGAAGACACACCCGUGGGCUGCGGGGGCUGCGCCGCUUCAGUCUCUCCCCGGCGGUGACGAGCGGCCACGUGAUUCGAAGCGAAGCGUCACGGCAGGGGGGCGCGGGGGCGCGGUGGUUUCUGCGUGGCUUCUCCGACUCCUGCGGGACCCCCACCUGACUCAAUGACAACAGCAGGAGCGCCUGGUUGUGACGGCGCCGGCUCAGGUGCGGAGGGCAGGGGGAGCUGGGCUGUCACCACCUGGCCCCCGGGACCGCUGCGUCCACCUGCAGCCUGCCAGGCGCAGGACAGGGCUCGCCCCGGUGCUCACCAGCAGUGACGGUGGGCUUUUCCCGGGGCCGGGUGCUCGGGGGGACGUGUGCAGGGGCUCCCGAGGCUCUGCGAGGUGGGGCCCGGCCACCAGCCUUGUCCUCCUCAACACCGGCUCCGCGUUUUUGUGGCGGCGGCUCUCUGGAGGGCAGAGGAGAUGGCCCCGUCUGCGUGGCCGCUGGGGAGGGAGGGCUCAGUGUCACCGGGCAGCGCCCGAGCUGCGGGGUCAUGCAGACGGAGCACUUCCAGCCACCCCACCCCAGAUGGCCCCAACGGAAAGGGACCUCGGUGUCCAUCAGCUGGGGCUGGACAGACAAAUGUGGGAGAGACAUCCAUACGAGGGAAGGCUGCUCGCCAUGGGGAGGGGCAAGCUCUCGGCCCAUCCAUGGAAAGGGGUGACCCCCCAAUUCAUCCAUGGAAAGGGGUGACCCCCAAUUCAUCCACAGAAAGGGGUGAACCCCUAAGUCUUCCACAGAAAAAGGUGAACCCCCAAGUCGUCCACAGAAAGGGACGAGCCCCUCGCAGCCAUGGGGGGACCCCGGAGAAAGAGGCUGAGUGUGGAGGUGCCGCUCCGGGUGAGGCUUGGGUGGAGAAGCUCCCCCUCGUGCUGGUGGGUGGGGGGCGCAGGAGGGGACCAGGAACCUUCUGGAGCGGCAGCGCCGUUCCUCUGAGUGGUGGGCUUUCCUGUGGCUGCCACAACGAUCUCCCAUGAACUUGGGGGCCCAGAGCCACACAGAUUUUUCUCUCAGUUCUGGGGGUGGGGUCCGGAUGGGUGGUCUGGGGUGCACGUCGACAUGUCGAGGGUGGGCACGGCCGGCUCCCUGGGGGCUCCUGGGCCCCUGGCUGCACCUGCCUCUGCCUUGGGGCCCCUGGGGCGCCCAGGACGCCUGGCCCCAGCUGCACGUUCCUGCCCACGAGGCCGUCUUGGGGCUGGGACCUGGCUGCCCCAGGUGGGGGUCCCAGGGGUGCGUGCCCCAAAUAGGAAGAGCCCGGCGCCAGCCUCAGUGUCCCCUGGCGGUCAAGCCCACCUGGCUGCCCCGGGAAAGGAGGGUCCGGCCAAGCCCCGGCCUCGUGGCCGUCUGUCCUGCCUCCCCCCAGGCUAUAGAGAAGGGGUCCUCUGGAAGCGCGGCCGGGACAACGGGCAGUUCCUGAGCCGGAAGUUCGUGCUGACGGAGCGAGAGGGCGUCCUCAAGUACUUCAACAAGAACGACGCCAAGGAGCCCAAGGCCGUCAUGAAGAUUGAGCAUCUCAAUGCCACCUUCCAGCCGGCCAAGGUCGGGCACCCCCAUGGCCUGCAGGUCACGUACCUCAAGGACAACAGCACACGCAACAUCUUUGUCUACCACGAGGACGGGAAGGAGAUGGCCGACUGGUUCAACGCGCUGCGGGCUGCCCGCUUCCACUACCUGCAGGUGGCUUUCCCAGGCGCUGGCGCUGCCGAUCUGGUGCCCAAGCUGUCCCGGAACUACCUGAAGGAGGGGUACAUGGAGAAGACGGGGCCUAAGCAAACGGAGGGCUUCCGGAAGCGCUGGUUCACCAUGGACGACCGGCGGCUCAUGUACUUCAAAGACCCCCUGGACGCCUUCGCCCGCGGGGAGGUCUUCAUCGGCAGCAAGGAGGGGGGCUACCGGGUGCUGGCGCGGCUGCCGCCGGGCACCCAGGGCCACCACUGGGCCCACGGCCUGACCAUCGUCACGCCCGACCGCAAGUUCCUGUUCGCCUGCGAGACGGAGGCCGAGCAGCGGGAGUGGGCGGCCGCCUUCCAGAAGGUCAUGGACAGGCCCAUGCUGCCCCAGGAGUAUGCAGUGGAGGCGCACUUCAAGCAUAAGCCCUAACGAGCGGCCGUGCCGGGGCCGGACGCGGAGCCGCCAUGACGGAUGGACGCCGCUGUCGGCCUGGGGGGCCGGGGCUGCCGGGGCGCCGAGCCCACCCGCCGGGCGGAACCUCCCUGCACCCCGUGCUCUGCUGCUGGCCUCGCCCGCCGCCCCUGCCGCUGUGACCCCCGGCCCGUCCUCAGCCCGGGGUGGCCCCUCGGUCCCGAAGGGGGUGAGCGGAGCUCCCUGCAGGGCCGCGCUGCCGAGGGGCGGCCGCCACGUGCCCCGGCCCCCCCAGGCGGCCCCCUCCCUGCCCCCCACAACCCUGGUCAGCAUCACUGGGGUCAGAGGGGCAGAAAGGGGGGCAGAGCGGGCCCGGACCCCAGGAGCGGACCCCUCCUGCUGCACGGUGCCCACGCUGCCCACGCCGGCGGCCUGACCCCGGAGACGCCGCCCGGCCCCGGCCCCCCCGCCCCGUGCUGCUGGCAGCGCAGGCGACGCCGUAUUUAUUUCUCCCCUGACCCCCCCCCCACCACGAAGUGCUCGGGGCUGGGUGGGGGUCUCCCCGGAAGCCUGUGAGCUGCGGGCUGGGGUGCAGCAGGCCUGGAGCCGGGGGUCUGGGGUGGCCCCCACCCCGGAGCCCUGGACGUCCUGCCGCCCCCGUGUCACGUCCUUGAAUAAAGCCGUGGCUCUGGC